GUGGUCACAAAUGAUUGAUAAUAGUGUUCUGUGAUUUUAAGAUUUUAAUUUAUUUAAUAAAUAAUAAAGCUAUAGAAAACAGGAAUGGCCUUUAGUGAAGUUUGUCGAAUUUGUUUAAGCGUUGAUGUACGCAUGCUUGUACUAAAGAAGACUGGCCUCCUAAAUUUAUAUAAGACAUUGACGAACAGUAUUUUGGAUGAGAAUGAGGGUCCCAUAAUUGUCUGUUUCACCUGUCAUGCAAGACUCAUUCGUUGCAGAAGAUUACAACAACAGGCUAUUGAGUCAAAUGUGGUCCUGCAGCAGUUGCUUUCAGGGGGAUCCAUGUCAAUACCAAAACCACAUGAGGCAAGAGAUGAGAUUCAAUUCACACCAAUUUGUCAUAUUGAUAUCAGGCCAGUAGAGUGUGAUAUAGAAAGUGAUUGUAAGGAUGAAAUUUUUAGUCUUGAAUCUGUUAAAGUUGAGGAAGAGAAUUUCGAAAUUGACAAUUCCAACUGUGAAGAAAAUGGGAAUCAUGAAACAGAGACUGCUGAAAAACAAGAAGUCUUGGAGAUUGAUGCUUUUGAAAGUAGACAUACAGAUUUGGAAGACGACUUGCCACUAGUUGCAUUUGGUUCAAAGAGUGAAAAAGAUGAUGUUGACAUAGGUAAAACAAUUUAUUUUAAAAAACCUGUAUCAAAACACAAAAAAAACACUAUAUUAGAAAUUUCUCUUGGAUCAUGUAGUUGGAGAUGUACUGUACACACAAAAUUUUUUUCCUUAAUUAUACAUGAACAAACAUUAGAACCAAAAUGAUUAUAUGUAGGCCAACAAAAAGUUAUCUUGCUUCAUGCAAGAACUGAAUUCGCCAGUGGUGACUCAAGGUGUUAUUAAGAUAAAACAGGAAAGAGGAUUCACUGUAUUAUUGUAAGGGCUAUUACCAUGUCUGAGAGAGUUGUUGUAAGUACAACUGCUAGUAAUGAGCUCCUGCGUUAGACCAAAAUCAGUUGUUGGGUUUUUCAACUUGGAGCCAGGAAGUUGGCAGUGUUUCAACACCAUUGGUUCCGCGCCUGGUCUUUCUCAAGUCGUGUCGUGUAUUGUCCCAUCAGGCUAUGAAAGAGUGAGAAUAGAUUGUAAAAAAGAUGACGAUGACAUAGGUUUCCCUUUGUCGUAUCUCCUCCAGUCUCCUCCAGUAUCGGAAUUCUCGACGUUGCCAUAUCGAACGACGUGCAGUUUCGUGUUCACUUGAAAGAGAAGGCCAAAUUGGCCUCUAAAUAGGUUGGCAUGCUCAGCAGAGUACACUGCACACCGCUUGCAACUUUACAAGGCGCAGGUUCGGCCCAACAUGAAAUAUUGUUCCCAUCUCGGCAGGGGUUCUCCAGUGCCAGCUCCUCCCACUUGACCGCACCCAGCGCAGAGCAGCGCGAAUCGUCGACGACCGAGUUCUUUCCGAACGGCUUGACUCACUGGCACUGCGAAGAUAUGUUGCAUCUUUUUGCGUAUUUUAUCGCAUCAACCAAGGGGAGUGCUCUCAGGAAUUGUUCGGACCAUCGAUAUAUAUGUACUACGCACUAGAUUUCGCAUUCUUAACAUUGACUAUGUUUAACUCAACUGUACUGCAAUCCGUGCACUAAACUAAAUAUUGUGUAAAUUGAAGAUUUGUGAAAUCCGUAAGAUAAUAUACGGAAUACUUUCUCCUAUAAUGUUUUCUCUAUUUAUAAAUUCUAUUACUUCAGUUCUCAACUGUUCGUACCAUCUGUAUGCAGAUGAUCUUCAGCUCUAUGUGCAAUCUAGUGUUAAUGACCUUAACCAUAAUAUUCACAAAAUCAACCACGACCUUGAUGCCAUAAGAGAUUGGUCGUACAGACAUGGUGUUUCGGUUAACCCUUUCAAAUGUAAGGUAAUGGUUAUAGGUGGUAGUAGAAUAUUAGCCAAGAUUAAUAACAAUGAUCUUUCUCCCGUAUUUUACAAUGGAACAUUGCUGCCAUUUUGUAAAUCUGUUAAAAAUCUUGGCUUACAUAUAGACCAUACCUUAAGCUGGAGAGUUGAAGUUGCUGAAAUAAGCUGUAAAGUUACUGCCACCUUACGUUCUCUUUGCCGUCUCAAAAACUUUCUGCCUUUUAAAACUAAACUUCUACUUGUCCAGACUUUGAUAUUACCCAUUAUUGACUAUGCGGAUGUGUGUUACCCAGAUCUAUCUCAAUAUCUUCUCGAUAAGUUGGAGUGCCUUCUCAACAAUUGCAUUAGGUUCAUUUUCGGCUUACGUAAGUAUGUCCAUGUUUCUCAGUACCGUUCUAAGCUUAAAUGGCUUUCUAUUCGUCAAAGGCGUAGCUCCCGAAUUUUACAAGUACUAUAUUCAAUUUUAAAUGACCCAAAUUCUCCUUCUUAUCAUAAGGAUAACUUUCAGUGCCAAUAUUCUACUCAUGAUAGAGUUCCCUGUUCCCAAAAUAGUCUUAAAAUUCGUAUUCCACCACAUAAGAGUUGUUAUAUUUACAGUGUUAUAUUUUACUUUAGACACGGGAAAAAUAAUUAAUUAAUACAACCACGUGUUAUAACAAAAAGGAUUUUUAUAUUUCUGGCAGAUAACCAUAAACAAAAACUAGAGACAACAACUAGUGUUGCCUUUGACAUUAUAAAUCUAUAACACUCUCCCCCCACACUG